AUGGAGAUUGACACUCAGCCACCCGUCGCUGAAGUACCGGCAAUUGCAAAGGCAAAGAAGAAACAUGGGGAACAGCGAUUUACGGUUCGAAAACCCGAGUGGCAAUAUCUGCAUCUGAGAAUGACCUUCGAUCCACCCCAUCCGCCAACAUAUUCAUCACCAUCCUAUCCUCCCGACCUCCUAACCUGGAAAACACAUCUUUCUACUGCUCUAAACCAGUUUUUGGGAAUAGCUGGCACUGCCAUCUCCGUUGAUUUCCUGCACUUGGAAGGACCAGAAGUCUGGAUCCGACUUCCAAGGGAAGACUCGACAAGGUUUAUAGCAGCAAUCGGCGGAUGGGGAUCGGAGGUUGAAGGCCGAAAUGUCGGCUUUAGAGUCCUAGCAAGCACUGAGUUUUUAAUGGGAAUCGUGGGUGGCGAUGGAAGGGAUGUUUUUGUGUGA